AUGUCUGUACCAACGGUGACUGUCAACGAAUUGUCCAAGGGCAUCGAGGACAAUUCUGGUGAUGAAACAGUGAAGAAGGUUCUAGAAGGAAUUCUUAAUGACUGGAUGGAUCUACAGUACGCGAAGAGUACGCCCUACACAAUGGGAGAAGAAGUGGUGCCAUCACGCUGCACGAUAGAAGACGUAGACAGCGCUAUAUCAAGUGAUGCAGAGCAGAAAUUUAAGGAUAUCUUCAAGAAGAUCUCCGAAACGCAGCAUAGCGUGAAGGCGAAAAUUCGGCACGAUGAAGAAGAACCAGCACCAGAACCAGUACCAGAGCCAGAAGAGCCUGUACCCGAGCCAGAAGAACCAGUACCAAAGCCAGACGAGCCUGCACCAGAACCAGAAGAGCCUGUACCAGAACCAGAAGAGCCUGUACCGAAACCCGAAGAACCAGUUCCAGAGCCAGAAGAGCCUGCACCAGAGCCAGAAGAGCCAGUUCCAGAACCAGAAGAGCCUGCACCAGAACCAGAAGAGCCUGUCCCAGAACCAGAAGAGCCUGCACCAGAACCAGAAGAGCCUGUCCCAGAACCAGAAGAGCCUGCACCAGAACCAGAAGAGCCUGUCCCAGAACCAGAAGAGCCUGCUCCAGAACCAGAAGAGCCUGUCCCAGAACCAGAAGAGCCUGCACCAGAACCAGAAGAGCCUGUCCCAGAACCAGAAGAGCCUGCACCAGAACCAGAAGAGCCUGUCCCAGAACCAGAAGAGCCUGCACCAGAACCAGAAGAGCCUGUCCCAGAACCAGAAGAGCCUGCACCAGAACCAGAAGAGCCUGUACCAGAACCAGAAGAGCCAGUUCCAGAGCCAGAAGAGCCUGCACCAGAACCUGAAGAACCUGUCCCAGAACCAGAAGAACCUGCACCAGAACCAGAAGAGCCAGUUCCAGAGCCAGAAGAGCCAGCACCAGAACCAGAAGAACCUGUGCCUGAACCAGAAGAGCCUGUUCCAGAACCAGAAGAACCUGUACCUGAACCAGAAGAGUCAGAAGAAUCGAAAGAGUCUGAGGAGUCUGAGUCAUCUGAGUCAUCUGAAUCCGAUGAAUCUAGCGAUUCUGAAGACAGUGAUCAGCCAGAUAAACCUGAACCAGAACCAGAAGAACCUGUACCGGAACCGGAAGAACCAGUUCCUGAGCCAGAAGAGCCUGCACCAGAGCCAGAACCGGAACAGCCAGAAAUCAUCCCAGACCCAGAACCCGAGCCAGAACCUAUCCCAGAUCCAGUUCCUGACGAACUAUAUAAUGAUGGCUUAGUCCAAAUCAACGUUAACAAGCCCGAAAAUGGUGUCCUCUCCAGUGUAAAAGAUUGGCUCAACUCGACAGGAAUUUGUUUUGAAAAAUUAAGGUAUAACUUCGACAUGAUGAAGAUAUUCGUGCUGAUGUCUUUGUUCCUGGCGAUCGCUUUGGCGUUUCCCGCAAAAUUGGCAAACACAAAUAAUAUUUUAUCAAACAAGUUAGCAUCCGAACCAGUAGAACUAGCACCAGAGUCAUCCGAGUCUAAUAAACUUAUCCCAGUACCAGAACCUGAGCCAGAAAUUAUCCCCCUGCCGAGGCCUGAGCCCGAACUCAUCCCAGUACCAGAACCCGAGCCAGAAAUUAUCCCCCUGCCGAGGCCUGAGCCAGAACUCAUCCCAGUACCAGAACCUGAGCCAGAAAUUAUCCCCCUGCCGAGGCCUGAGCCAGAACUCAUCCCAGUACCGGAACCUGAGCCAGAAAUUAUCCCCCAGCCGAGGCCUGAGCCCGAACUCAUCCCAGUACCAGAACCUGAGCCAGAAAUUAUCCCCCUGCCGAGGCCUGAGCCAGAACUCAUCCCAGUACCAGAACCUGAACCAGAAAUUAUCCCCAUGCCAAGGCCUUAA